UGCGUAUUAUCCGGCGAAGCUAUAGCAACUGUCGCUACGUCGAUAUUGCAAAUGCGAAUAGUGUACGCGUGGCUCGUACAAUAGCGAUUCUUCGACACCGCGUAAAUGAUCAUCGUUGUACCUAUACUCUCGAUGCUACUCUGGUCCAAAUAAUACCGCCUCUGCGGAUCAAAGGUGCCCUUCGACGGCUAAUCGAGAUCGCAUCGCGCGUCCGCCGGCGAACACGUACGCUGAGUCGAUGAGCGGAAUGACGAGAAUUUAACGGACUGUGAUACGCGUUGACGAAAUUCGAGCAAUCGCCCAACGCCCCGAUUAUUUUGUACAGCCACGGGUAUGACUCCCACGAGCAGAGUCAUCCUUGACCCAUUGACCCCUCGCGCACACCGAGCGCGAGUCGCGCCCGUACGGGACUCCGAUGAUACGGCGAUCCACACCCUACCAGUCCGUAUACUUACUCGACUACUGUUGUUUUCCCGCUUUUUUGCGGAUCAGAGGGAUUGGUUUGAAGCGAUCGCAUUCGAGUUCAAACAGCCUUUGCUCUUACGCGAUCACUGACCGACCGGAUCGGAAGAUUGAAGGAUAUCGUAGUUUUGACGUUGCGGCUGGCCGCCUCGCCCAGGUCCGCACGGUGCACCUCUCGAGUCGGGAGAUCGCGAUGAGCCUUGCCUCGUCGAGGCGAAGCUUCGUGGCCACGUUCUAGGUUCGCGCUCUGUAACGGCGAGCCGAGGCGAAGGCGUUCGCGGAGAUAUCGAUUGACGCCUGUGCAGUAAACGAGAAGCAUCUGUAAAGCGGAACUCGACGAAACUCUACGAAGGAGGACGAAUUGACGUGAUUAUUCGUCAGCGUUCGUCGUCAGCGGGAUAACGUCGACGGGUGCACAUGUGAAUAACCGCCGGCAUACCUGGAAUUGACGAGUUACCGCUGCGUAUCGUGUACACCGAUAUGCCAACUGACGUGUAGUGUACCGGGGGUGCGAGUACAGGUGAAGGUGUGCUGCUGGUUCAGGUGGUGCAGCGAUUGAACGAGCGGGUGGGAUCAGUUCUGCGCGUGGCAGGUUCAUUCCCUUUCGCUUCUUCUUUUCCGGGUAUACGGAACAAAAAUAACAUAUCGGGGCUGAGUAUCCCUUUUGGCUUCUCUUUCAGCCUCAAGGGCCCUCGAAGGCGAAGCGGAAUAACUUCUGUACCACUACCCCUGAAAAAUCGAAUGUGCCGCAGAUUUUGCAGGGAGAAAUUAGCAAAGUUGCAAUCUAUGCCGACACAGAAUAUUCGUCGGUUCUCGUACUGUGGUGCAAACUUUUCUCUACACACUUAAUGUUUCGACCCUUCCGUAUCAAUCACUACCUAUUUCAAGGAGUUACACGCGACAAAAGAUGUGCGACGCGUCGUCAAUUGUGGAAGGGAGACGAUCCUUCGUGUAAUCGAUGAUACACGUGAAACACAUCGGACCGGUUGAUUUCACCGAAAUAAUUUGACGAAGCCCCUGUUCGCAAUCGUCGUCGACCGUACCUUCGACCUAGAGCAAAGUCGUCCACCGCCGUUCGGACCGGGUGAUCGCAACUCGUUGAGUUCCAGCCCCUGGAACUUGGAGGUAUACGCUUCCGAGUCCCAUAACCGGAGGAUACAUUCGACAAUCGUAUGGUGAACUGUAGUGCGGGAUGUGGAACAAUUACCGUAUGACGAGAAAAUCGAGUUCAUAGUACGGGACGUGAAUGUAUCUAGUGAAAGACCGAGUAUAAGAUCGAAUCCAUCGAGAAAAAUUCAUAGGGCAAGUGAUCUGGAAUACGUGGAUACAACUUGAGAAAUGUCGGAAGGGGAAGCUAACGAUAAAGCGGCGUCAGCAGCGUCGCCGUCCCCUGCAGCCAAUAAUUCCGCAGUGACGAUUGUUUUACAUACGCCGAUUCCACAAGUAGCUAGCAGGAUGCUGCGAUCCCCGAGUCACGAGAGCGUCACCACGGAUCUGUCGUUAUUCAGCGUGUCUUCCAUAGCGAGUGACGCCAGAGGGAAUCGACUGGUUCCUUUCAAAUCCUACAGCGACUGUCAGCUAGCGAGCAGAGGCCCGUCGCCGAACCCGGAUACACGUCAGAUUCAAGGCAACAGACCAGCCGAAAUUCCAGAAAUUCUUUGGUUCGAGGAGGAGACGGAGUUGAUCCACAGUUGCGGCGCACUUUCAUCGGCACUCGGGCGGCUGAAGAGCUUCAGCGACAGCGAUGUUUUCCAGCUUCCCAUUUCGGACACCCGAUACUCCCAGAAGCUGAGAUCGGCCGUGUCAGCCCUCGCCCUGGACACCGCUCACCGAAACGGUCUGCUCUUGGAACACACGAGGUUGGACCACGCGUCGAGAUCUUGCAGUACUUGGGUGGCGGUCGGGGAUGUCGGCACAACGUCUCAGCUCCCCAGUCCCCACGGUGGUGCGGUUCAGCCAGAGCCGCCCGCCUCCUGCAAUCAGCCGACGCAGAUGCCGUUCACCGCCGCUGACCUGGUCAGAUCCGUCAACAAGAAGGUCCGGCAGAACUACAUCCGUCGAAGGCUGACGACGACGUACAGGGCAUUGGAACGUCUGUCGCAAAGUGAGUUCAAUUUGGACAGGCUGGAAGCCGCGGCAUCGGCGGCGCAGUCGACCACCGGCGCUACCCUCUCCGUACCUGGCGCCUCGGCAUCUUCGAGUUCGACGGUGACGACGUCUGGCAAAGAUAAAAAUCUACCGCUAACGGUUAGGGAUGUAGAAAGGGAACGCGGCAGACAGCUUUCCAAGUACGAGAGAAACAUGAUGAUAUUCAAUUGGCUCCAUACCCUCGACGACACGGCUGACCCCGUUCCGAAUCUCGAUGAAAUUACUGCGUAAAUGAUGCAUAAACAGCGGCCUCCGGUCAUCAGUUUUGCACAUUUGGCGUCCCCCGCGGUUACCGCCUCGUACGUACUACGUACAUGCGUACGAUCACCCAUCGCGGUACUCUCAAUCUCUCGUAUUAUCAGUUUUUACAUUUUAUUCUGUUCUACGUUUACUCUGUCGUAUGUUAAACUUACCUCACGUAUGCGCAAAUUCGCAUCUACCGGGAAAGGUAGUAAUUGUUUCUGUAUUUGUAUAUACAUACCUCAAGGAUCUAGAUUCCAUGCCGUAUCCUAUGUCAGCUUUUAUAGUGUACCGAUCUCAAUACAGGCUGCACUGAUCGUUC